AUGAAGACCAUCCUGCUGCUCCUUGCUGCCCUGGCUGUGGCCGUGGGGCCAGCCCGAGCUCUCCGCUGCCAUGUGUGCACCAGCACCACCAACUGCAAGGAGCCACAGACAUGCUCGGCUGGCUCUCGCUUCUGCAGGACCAUGACCACGGUGGAGCCUCUGUCGGGGAACCUGGUGAAGAAGGACUGCGUGGAGUGGUGCACACCCACUCACACCCAGCAAGGCCAGGUCAGCAGCGGCACGAGCAGCACCCGGUGCUGCCAGGGCGACCUGUGCAACGAGAAGCUGUACAAUGCCGCACCCGCCCGGGCCCCACUCGCCAGCACUGCCCUCGGCCUGGGGCUGGCCCUUGGCCUGCUUGCCCUCCUUUUGGCCCCCAACCUUUGA